UGCAUAUGCUGCAGCAAUGGAAACACUGUCAAGGUGCUAUGGCCUAAGCUUCAGCUAAGUCUUCAUCUUUUUGAGCAAGAUCAUCUGUCUUUCGCAUCACUAUAGAUGUCCAGAGAUGGAUGAGAUUGAAGAAAUGGAAGCUGCACAGCAUGAGGAGCCCACGAUAGAGGAUUUCGAGAUAUUGAAGCCCAUCAGUCGCGGGGCAUUUGGGAAGGUCUUCUUGGGCUGCAAGAAAGGCCACCCGGAGCAUCUGUUCGCCAUAAAAACUGUGAAGAAGUCCGAGAUGAUCAACAAGAACAUGGUGGAACAGGUGGUCACAGAACGGGAUGCGUUGGCCCUCCAGAGGAGUCCGUUCUGCGUCCAGAUCUUCUACUCCUUGCAGUCAGCAAACAACAUCUAUCUGGUGAUGGAGUACUUGAUUGGCGGAGACCUGAAAUCGCUGCUGGCCAUGUACGGCUACUUCGAGGAGCGGAUGGCCGCUUUCUACGUGGCCGAGGUGGCGCUGGCUCUGGACUACCUGCACACCCACGGGAUCACUCACCGGGACAUCAAGCCGGACAACAUGCUGCUGACGGCUCAGGGCCACGUCAAGCUGACUGACUUCGGCCUGAGCAAGAUCAACGCACACCGCGAGAUCUCAGUGACGGACCUGCUGCGAGCCACGCCCACUGUCGUGCGCAGCAGCCUGCUGCGCACGCCCGGCCAGCUGCUGUCGCUCACUUCGCACCUCUCUUUCAACUCGGACGGCAGCCCGAUGGAGCUGGCCGGCUCGCUGAGCUGCGCCGACUCGGCGCUGGAGGCGGGCGGCUCGUACCCGGCUCCGGUGACACCGCGCACUCCGUUCCGCACGCCCAAGUCGGUGCUGCGCGGCCGGCUCCGCUCAGAGGAGACCCGCAUCAUCGGCACGCCCGACUACCUGGCGCCCGAGCUGCUGCUGCGACUCGGACAUGGUCCCCCGGUCGACUGGUGGGCGCUGGGCGUCUGUCUGUUCGAGUUUGUGACGGGCAUCCCGCCAUUUAACGACGAAACGCCGGAGGCCGUCUUCCAGAAUAUCCUCAAGAGAGACAUUCCUUGGCCGGACGCCGGCGAGGCGCUCUCGGCCGCGGCCGUCUCGGCCGUGGACGAGCUGCUGUGCUUCGAGCCGGCGGCGCGGCCGGCGCUGGCGCGCGUCCGGCAGAUGGCCCUGCUGACGCCGCUCGACUGGGACCGGCUGCUCGAAGGCCCCGGUCCGUUCGUGCCCAGCCCCGACGACGCCACCGACACCACCUACUUCGACCCGCGGAAUAACCUCCAACACCUCACGGUGUCUAACUUUGACGUGUAGAACACCGGGUGUGGGGGCUCCUCGGCUCGCUGCAGGGGCACAACUCGUCCGGCACCUUGUGCGUCGAUUUCUGCGAAUUGUGUGGCGUUCGCCUGAUUGAUGGCGCGUGUUCUGCGCAGAGUUUUAUACGCCUCGCCCGCUACGCAAUUGCUUAACGAUGUCUCUGUGAUGUGGUAACAGCGUCGGCAGCCGACCUGCGGCUGUUCUCCCGGCGCGGGGCGAGUGCGCCGUUCAUAAUGCAAGCCUCCUGUCAGAGCCCAUCGUGACUGGUUGAUCCGUGCCGAAGGGCGCCUUAAGCUGGCGGUGUGGAGUACGGGGCAAAUCCGUGCGGCGCGCGCUGUCCCCGGCGUAUGUCUUUAGUCAAGCGGAUGUUUGGGGGUCAGCCGGGCGCAACAACUCUUACGAAUGUAUGCGGGUCAUGCGCGAGAUUGACAUUAAUCCGGCUUGCUGGGCCCCGCGGUUUUAAUUUUUAUAGCUGUAUUGUAUAUGUGAUGCUGGAGAUCAGCUUGGUUUGUGUGUCACUGCCAAAGGGUCACUUGAAUAAACCCCAGACUGA